CCCUCUGCUAGUUCCCGAGACCAAAAGAAAAAUCGAGGAGAAAUUACUGCAUCAAUAUUAUGCAGGACCGUUACGUACGUGCAGGGUGCCUGCUUCCGUUGCAUUCUGACCUGGCUACCGUUUGUUGCUUGUCGUGCAACCGUGUAAUAUGCUAACGAUCGCCAGCCUUCCCCGUAGACGGUCAAACGACUCCGGAAGAUCUCCGGAUUCCGGCGUGGCUCAUUGCUGUUUGAAUGAUGACCAGCCCAAGGCAAGACAGAGAAGGGAAAAAAAAAAGAAAAAAAAAAGAGAGAGAGAGACUGGGAAGCUGAGGAGCUGGACACGGAAAGCGACGUUACGAGGCAGGCCGAAUGGCAACGUUGCCUGCCCAUCUGCCCAUCUGGUGGCCAGCGAAGAAAGUCCAUCUUCCUCCAAUCUUCUGAACCAUUGGCCCGUCAUCGGGAAGCGCGUUGGAUCUGUUUCUCCACCAGCCCUCGAGGAACGAGUUGCAAACGCCAGAUGCAAAGACGCCCCCUCCAAGCCGGACGAAUCCGAGCUCUUGGAGGAAGCAACGUCAAGGGACACGUCAUGGUGGACAUCCAGCUUUCAAAGUCGAUAGCAGUUUCCACGAUGAAGAACCCAAAAUUGGACCGGUGGGGUUUGGCAGGCACCGAGGCAUCGCGAUUGGCGGCGGCGGCAAUUGACUUUGGCGAUCAACAACUUCAUUCUUCAUUUCUGAGUCGAGGGAAUCACAU